UUUAACCGUCACUUGAGCUUCCUGCUUUCGUCUUUUAAUAUUCUAUUUCUCAACUACCAAGGCAACCUUCAUUAAUAUUUUUCUUUGAAAAAAAUGGAAGUACUACUUUGUUUGCUGAUUGAAGAAGUUCUACUCGACUGAAGGAGCCCAGAGGACUGCAGUGAACACACACUACUAGUCUCCUUCAUCUGCGCUGCUGCCACUACUAACGAGAGAGAGAGAGAGAUGGGGGUGCCAUCAUUCUACAGGUGGCUGGUGAAUAGGUACCCGAAAGUGGUGCAGAAUGCGAAGGAGGAGAUGGGAGAGAAGGUGGACGCAAGCCAAGCCAACCCAAAUGGGAGGGAGUUUGAUAAUCUCUACCUCGACAUGAACGGCAUCAUCCAUCCAUGUUUCCAUCCCGACGAUACUAUGGACCCUCCGACGACCUUUGAGGAAGUAUUCCACAGCAUUUCUGACUACAUUGAUAGGAUUUUUUCGAUCGUGAGGCCUCGGAAACUUCUAUAUCUGGCCAUUGAUGGAGUAGCUCCCAGAGCCAAGAUGAAUCAACAACGUUCAAGACGUUUUCAGGCUGCCAAAGAUGCUGAACUGUUGGAAGCUGAGGAAGAAAGGUUGCGAAAGGAAUUUGCCAAAGAAGGAAAGAAGCUUCUUUCCAAACAGAAAUCAGAAGUUUCAGAUUCAAACAUAAUAACUCCAGGAACAGAAUUUAUGUGUGAAUUGUCAAAAGCAUUACAAAACUAUAUCUGCUCAAGACUAAAGAUUGACCCUGGUUGGAAAAAUCUCAAGGUAAUUCUUUCUGAUGCAAAUGUUCCUGGGGAGGGUGAACACAAGAUAAUGUCAUUUAUACGUCUGCAACGUAGUCUUCCCGAUUACAAUCCAAAUACAUGCCAUUGCUUGUAUGGUCUGGAUGCAGAUCUCAUAAUGCUAGCUUUAGCAACCCAUGAAGUGCAUUUUUUUAUAUUGAGAGAGGAUGUGCUCAUGCAAGAGAAGCAACCAAUAUGUCUUGAUUUAAUUAGAAACCAGCAUUGUAAAUCAAUGAAGUCAAGGGGCUGGUUUUGUAAAGUUAAUGAGAAUAAUGGAAGAGCUUCUAAAGCUAGAAAGCCUUAUCAGUUCUUGAAUGUCUGGACUUUGAGAGAGUAUUUGGAGCUGGACUUGAAAAUAGAUGAUCCACCUACUGAGUUUGAUAUUGAGCGUAUUGUUGAUGAUUUCAUUCUUAUUUGCGUAUUUGCUGGAAAUGAUUUUUUGCCACACAUGCCUUCAUUAGAGAUUCAUGAGGGUGCAAUUGAUUUGCUCAUCAGUGUCUAUAAACAAGAGUUCAAGAAUCUGGGUGGCUACCUUGUGGAUAUGAGCAGAGUAGGGGAGAAACACACACCAUACAUGAAGUUAAAGCGAAUUGAGAAAUUCAUCCUUUCAGUAGGAACAUAUGAGGAAAGAAUAUUCAAGAAAAGAUCUGAAUUAAGAGAGCGUAAAAUGCGAAAACUCUUGUAUGAGAAUUCUCAAAUUGAAGCUGUUGAGCUAGAUGAUUCUAUUGGAAACUUGGUUAUCAAUACAAGAAAUGGAUUCAGGGAGCCUGACCAAAAAUAUUCAGAUUUCACUCCAAAAACUUUCUCGUCAAGGAAUCAGGACAUGGUCUCAACAUCAAUUGGGAUGAGCAGUAGUAGCACUGGAGAAUUUGAUGGUUCGGAAAAUACAAUGGAGCUCAGACGAAUGUUAAAGGAUAUUAUUCGUCAGAAAUCAGAUCUGUUUAAAUCUGGUAGAUUGGAUAAUGACAAGACAAAAUUGGGUAUGGUAGGAUGGAAAGAAAGAUAUUACAAGCACAAAUUUUCUGCAGACAGUCCUGCAGAUAUUGAAAGCAUCCGGAAAGCAAUUGUUAAGAAAUAUACAGAAGGCCUUGGUUGGGUGCUUCAGUACUAUUUUUCAGGGGUCCCAUCCUGGACAUGGUAUUAUCCAUACCACUAUGGUCCAUUUGCUUCUGAUCUGAAGGGACUGACUCGGGUCGACAUAAGAUUUCAGAUGGGCUUUCCAUUCAAACCAUUUGAUCAACUGAUGGCUGUACUGCCGCCUAGAAGUGCUCAUGCACUUCCUGAGGCUUACUGCAAACUGAUCAUUAGCAAGGAAUCCAGAAUAAUAGAUUUUUAUCAAACAGAUUAUGAAGUUGACACUGACGGUAAACGUUAUAGGUGGCAGGGAAUUGCCAAGCUCAAGUUUAUUGAUGAAGACCGUCUUCUAUUGGAGACAAAAAAAUUGGAGAAAGAAUUAAAGGAAGAUGAAGCCAAUAGGAACUCUCAGAUGAUUGAUAAAUUGUUUAUAAGUUCUAAUGAGAUGGUAACACAAGUAUUGUCUAUGUAUCAUGAGUACAAAUCAUGCAAUGAAAAGAUAAAAUUCAGGAAAGCCAUUGAUAGCAGUUCCAGUGGUGGACUGAAUGGCUUUAUACGCCCUUGUAAUGAUGUUUCGGAAGAAAAAGAAAGAAAUGCUGUGAUGUGUGUUUUGUAUGAAUGCUCUGAUUAUCAUCUGCACUAUCCACGGUUGCUUAGUGGUGUUUCAGUGCCUGAAAAGAUGAUAAUUGAAGCAGACAUCAUAAAGACAGAGUUAUGGCAUGAAUAUGAGGGUUCACAGCCCAGAAAAAGCAGGCCACAACCACAGCCACAGCCACAGCCACAGAUUCAGCAUAGAAAUGGAAGAGGACAAAGCAGCCCUAGAUACACUUCCUCGGGAGCUAAUUUAUCAAAAGAUGAAUAUAAGGGAGCUGGUUCUGGCUGGGGUGGUGGUAGGGGAAAUGUGUCUCAUGAACUGUUGAAUGGUUAUCAGAAAUUUGGUUCUUCAAGGGGAUUAUCUUCAAGCAAAGAAUCCAAGGGUUCUUGGGGAAGAGCAGAACUGAAGGAGGGAGGUUAUGGUUACAGUGUUGGCAGAGGAAAGGGGCAUCCCCAAUAUUAUGAUUCUUCCAGAAGUGUACACCGCCAAGACAAUACCAAAUAUACUCCACCAUUCCAGUCCUCAUUGAGAGUAAUUUGGAGAGCAGUACCUUCUGGUCGAGGAAGCUUUGAGGCUUCAGAGCCGCCUGAUGCGACUUAUGAUGGAGGUCGAGGUAGAGGUCGAGGUCGAGGUCGAGGUCGAGGUGGAGGUGGAGGUGGAGGUCGCAGCUUUGGGAGUGGGCGGGCGGUUUGAGUUUACCAUCGCAAGUUGAACUGAAAGAAGCAGCACUUGGGAAUUAUCACAGUAUGCAAUAUAGGGAGCCUGGAAUUCCGUCCAAUUUUGGAGGAUCCGUUGCUAUUAUUAUCACCUGACCGUACGAUUCUGUAUUCAACACUUGUUUUAUUUCUGUCAAAUGAGAUAUAUUUGAGAACAAAAAAGACAGGUGUUAAACGUCGAUUCACAUGACUAGAUGAUCGUAUGAACAACUGAUCCAUUUUCAAUUUUGGGGGAAUUUAGAAAGUCAAAAGUUAUUUUUCUUCCUGAUAAGUGAAUAGGGUACUGUAAGGAUCAAAGAUAUUGGUUUUGAUUUUGUAGUGGCAGUUAUGCCCAUUGUGGUUUCUGGA